UUGGGCGACACAGUCCGCCUACACGAGCUUUGUGUUGAUGUUCAAAAGAGAAAAAGCACUGACAGUCCGCGACCAGAGGAGCACAAGAGGACAUCACAGCGAACAGACAACGCCAGAAAAGGAGAGAAAAGGGAGACUGAGGGAAGACGGCGUUUUGUGGGAUUUCAAGGGAGCCGAGAGCUGGACUGAAUCAUGGCCAUCACGACGGCUUGCACUGGCUUUACAGUACUGCAGCCAAUCAGUGAGAUUAUUAAUCUACCACUGGACCAGGUGAACUUUGUGGUGUGCCAGCUCUUUGCCUUAGUAACAGCCUUCUGGUUCAGACUCUAUCUGCACCCCAGCAAGACGAGUCCCUUCAUCAGACAUGUAGUCGCCACAUUGCUGGGCUUAUAUUUGGCUCUCUUCUGCUUUGGCUGGUAUGCCUUACACUUUCUGGUCCAGAGCGGUCUUGCGUAUGGCGUUAUGAUUUUCACAGGAGUGGAACACAUGCACAGAUACUGCUUUGUGGUUACCAUGGGAUACCUCACUUUCUGUCAGAUUACCAGAGUCUAUGUGUUUGACUAUGCCAUGUACUCGGCAGACUUCACUGGGCCCAUGAUGGUUAUCACACAGAAGAUUACCACUUUGGCAUUUGAGAUUCAUGAUGGUAUGACCAAAAGAGAAGAGCAUCUAAAGCCCACUCAGAAGUAUCUUGCUGUCAGAAAGAUGCCCAGUCUGCUGGAGUAUCUAAGCUAUAACUGUAAUUUCAUGGGAAUUCUGGCCGGACCGACCUGCUCCUACAAUGAUUACAUCGGCUUUAUAGAAGGCAAAUGCUAUGAGCCUAAACAUCUGGAGUCAAACGGCAAAGAGAACGGAAAACUGAAGCAAAGCGACCCUUCACCUAAGUGGGAUGUGAUCCAGAAGCUGUGCACGUGCGCUGUGUCCCUGAUGGUUUAUAUGGUGAUCUACACCGCUUACCCCACUGGUUAUGUCAUCGAUGACUCAUUCAUGGCCUCUAACCCCUUCUACAUCCAGGUCCUUUACCUCUACAUCUCCAUGCUGGCAUUGCGCCCCAAGUACUACUUUAUAUGGACGUUAGCUGAUGCCAUCAAUAAUGCAGCUGGUUUUGGGUUUAAUGGCUAUAACACAGACGGUACCCCAAAAUGGGACAGAAUAUCAAACUUAAAUGUACUGGACAUUGAGUUUGCCACCAGCUUUAAGAUGUUCCUGGAUAACUGGAACAUUCAGACAGCCCUUUGGUUAAAAAGGGUUUGUUACGAACGCUGCCCGUACAAUCCGACAGCGGCCACAUUCCUGCUCUCGGCCCUAUGGCAUGGAGUGUAUCCGGGGUAUUACCUGACUUUCAUCACGGGCAUCGUCAUGACGAAGGCAGCACGGGCGGUCAGGCACAAUGUAAGACAGCACUUCCUGAGCUCAGCCACACUCAAGCUCAUCUACGACGUGAUCACGUGGGCCUGCACGCAGAUUGCCAUUUGUUACACAGUUGUGCCAUUUGUACUGCUGACAGUGGGGCCUUCACUUAAGUUUUAUAGGUCGUGGUACUGCUGCCUUCACCUGAUCUGUUUGUUGCUGAUACUGGUGUUACCCGUCAAGUCCAGACACUCACAUGAAAAACAACACCAGCAGCAACAGAACAGCGUCCAGGCCAGCGAGCACAACUGCAUCUCAACUCCGGACAACAACUUCAACCGGAAGCAGAAAGCCACGUGAGGACAGGGAGAGCCGCUCGCCCAAGCACAAUGCUGUGAGGAACUCUGACAUCCAUACUGAGAGUCACAGAGCGGCUGUUUCUCCCUGAAAAAACAACAAAAAAGACAUAAACUCAAGCAACAACAGUGGAUGGAGAAUAGAGGUGCCAAACCCAAUGAUCACCCUCAUCCAGACUGUUGUGCUUUGUUUAAACAGAGGAUCUUUAUAGGAUGAAAAUUCAGUGUAUUUUUGGACUUUAUCAUAGGAAGCAGCGAAAUGUUGACUUAUUGGUUAAUCUGAAGUUGCCUUAAACCCUUAUGUAUUUGGGGCUAGAAGCCUCUCGUAUGGGAAUUGUGUUUUGCAGGAAUAGACCAUUGUCAGUCAUUGCUGAGAGCUUCACUAUGUUAGUGUAGGAAGUGUAGCACUGGAAUCAACCUACAUGAUACCCACAAGAUUUUUGCCAUUGGCAGUAAAUUAAAUAACCUCUUUUCCAUUCACCUAAAAUGUCAGAUAACAGAAAAUUUGUAUGUUGCCAAACUCAUACUAUAAGCCUUUAUUUCCCAUAGGUUGCCAUCUUUUUUGUCUCUUUCUUUUGUAGCUUCAUAAUCUGUUUUUUUUUGCUUGUCCACUGCUGUUGGGAAAUGAGUGUUAAUCUAAAAGAGAGUGUAUUCAUUUGAAAAACCUUUCUGUUAUAAUAAUUUCCAGUCAUUUUAUGUUGAUUUUCAUUAAGGGCUUUCGGUUAAAUUAAUGUUUGUAUUUAUGAGAUUUGUAUGGAUUGUAGGUUUCCUCAGGGCUUCGAAGUCUCGUUUUAGACCACAACAUAUGAAUAGAUGUUCCUCUAUGAUCAGAAGACCGUUUAAUAUUACUCAAUACCGCAGCUUGUUUGUUAAUAAAAAUCUGUAUCGUUAUGUUACACACGCAUAUACGAUAAGUGCAAUAGCCGUAUUACAUAGUUUCCAUUUUAGUCAACCAGUCAAAUUUCAGAAAUAAGUUUACUGUUUGUUUCAAGUUAAAGCUUACAACUGCUUAUUAUUUCCCUUUGAUUUUAGGAUUCAGUUAUGGUUAGGGUUGGUGUCUGGGGUGGGUUUAGGUUUUAUUUACAAAAAUGUUGUCUUUGUGUCAACAAUAUAUUGCCCUGAGUACAUCAACCACUUGGCAAAAUCAGGUCGAACGUAUGCAUAUGCAUUUAAUGUCAGGCACUUUCAAACUUGGGCCUAUAUAAAGCCUGCAACGGUCUUUGUUAACACAUUUAUUUUCUAAAAGGUGUCAAAAAGUUAUGGUCAUGCGAAUCAGGAUUCGGUGAAAUCAGACUUACCGAGACUUUUUUUGGAAGUAAAUGUUUAAUUUUUUUCCCACAUGUUUUAGGUAAGUUAAAGGUCGGGGAUAGCAGGGGCGAAAGUACAAUUUUUCAGAAAAAAAACUUAAUAAAAAAAUAAUGUUUUAGACAGAUAUAUUUUUGCUGUGGCCAAUAACUCACAAGUGUUGUCUAUCAAUACCAGGUGGAAUUUUUAUCAAAUGUAAAAAGACAUCAGUAUAAUUUCACUUUGAACAUAAGUAUCGCGUUACUUUUGACCCCGUCGGCUGGGAUGAAAGUAACACACAUGUGGGUCAAACGUAACACAACAGAACAAGAUACAUUUUUGUGUUACACUUGUUUUUAGUAAAUAUACAUGACUAUGAGCUUUUUAAUAUGUUACUGCAAACAUAUUUUGUCAUUUAUCUUUGCAAUAAAUAAUUAAAUUACA